GAAGAAGUUGGAUCAGAACACCCAUGAGACUGCAUUCCAUGGAGAUGAUGGCUCUAGUUUUACACUCACAUGGGUUGGUGAUGGGACCGGGGUGAUUCUCGUGCUGUCAACGAUCAGUCCUCCCAUGGGUGUGGUUGUAGGAGGAGGAUCGUCCCGACUUUAUAGAAGUCAGGACUAUGGGAAAACCUUUCAUGAUAUCACCCAUGUCAUCAACAACACCUUAAUACGGAAAGAAUUUGGCAUUAGCACUGGCCCUGGGAACUCGGAAAAGGUAAUUCUCACAGGGGACAUCCCUGCCCUAGAAUCGAAUGGAGGCGUCAUAUUCACCUCCACUGAUGCAGGCGUGUCCUUCAAACCAGUCCAGCUGCCCUUCCACCAACGCCAGGCAAUCAGCUUCCAUUUCCAGAACCCCAACUACCUGGUCACUAUUAGCAACGAUGGUGGCCUUUGGUUGUCUGUAGACUUUGGGAACAUGUGGAACAAGCUCCAGGACGGCGUUCACUCUUUCAUGUGGGGAUCAGGCAUCACUCUUUUCUUUAGCUGCAGCCCCAACGGGACAGUGGACGCUGACACGAGGGGGGAACUGUUCCUGAGGAGGACUGAGGACCUGGGCAAGACUUUCACCGACCUCACUCACAAUAUCUUCUCUUUCGGCUACAUUGGGGGUUUCCUGUUCACCUCUGUCUUGGAGAAGCAGGGGGAGCCCCGUGUCAUCUAUGUGUCCUCAAACCAGGGUGACAUCUUCAAUAAAGCUCAGCUGCCCUCUGCCACUAUUGAGCAGUUCUACUCUGUUCUCGAUGGAGAUGAGGAUAUGAUCUUCAUGCAUGUGGAUGACCCAGCAGCGGACACGUAUUUCGGCACGGUUUACACGUCAGAUGACCGCGGAAUUCUCUACUCUAAGUCGUUAGAGCGCCAUCUGUUUGGCGGGGAGGGGAAGAGCGACUUCACCAACGUCACGUCUCUGAGGGGAGUCUACCUCACCAAUGUCCUGGAGGAGGAUGAUCGUAUUCGGACAGUCAUCUCCUUUGACAGAGGAGGCGAGUGGAGGUUACUCAGCAAGCCGCAGAAUGCAGAGUGCGGAGUGAACACCAAAAAUUGCAACCUGCAUAUCCAUGGAGAGUACAGCCGCUAUAACGGCCUGGCGCCACUGCUGCCACUCUCCGACCCCAGUGCUAUCGGCCUUGUCAUUGCUCAUGGCAGUGUGGGAGACUCUGUCACCUCAGCUCGGCCUGACGUGUACGUGUCAGACGACGGGGGGUACACCUGGGCACGGUCGCUGAUGGGACCCCAUCACUACGCCAUCCUGGACUCCGGAGGUCUCCUGGUGGCAGUGGAGUCCCAUACGGAUCGCCUCAUAAGCACUAUCAAGUUCUCCACAGACGAGGGGCAGUGCUGGAAGCUGUACAACUUCACUGACCAUCCCAUCUUCUUCGCUGGCCUUGCCUCUGAGCCUGGCACAAAGACCAUGAACCUCACCAUCUGGGGGUACCGGCCAGAGGAGCAGUACAGGGCCACAUGGGUGGCAGUCACCAUCGACUUCCAGCCCCUGCUCGUUAGAGAAUGCGAAGAGCGGGAUUAUGUCGAGUGGUUGGCGCAUUCCACCGCCAGUCGGGACUCUGACACUGACGGGUGUGUCCUGGGGUACAGAGAGACCUUCAGGAGGUUGAAGAAGCAGGCUGUCUGCAGAAAUGGGAGGGACUAUGUCGUUCGCAGACAGCAGAUGCCCUGCCUUUGCACCAGGGAGGACUAUUUAUGUGAUUACGGGUACUAUCGGCACGAGAACACCUCAGAGUGUGUGGAACAGACAGACCUCAGGGACCACAUCCUGGAGGUGUGUUUAAAUGGAGAAGAGGAGGAGCUUCAGACUUCAGGGUACCGUAAAGUGCCCAGCGACAGGUGUGAAGGAGGAUUCGCUCCUUUGCGCAGAGAGAGGACUGUCAGCAAGGGCUGUGGGGGCCCCAGUCAGGUGUCUGCUUCAAAGCCAAAUGUCCCACAGACCACAGUCCUGGUGAUGGUGGCGUCUGUGUCAGUCGUGGUGGUAGCUUUGGCUGUUGCUGGCCUUUUCAUGGUCAGGAGGAUGCUGCAUACAGAAAGGUGCAGGAGGAAGACCGUUGCAUUCCCAUUGGCCCACAGACAGUUCCCCUCAGCAAUGCAGGAAGUGACCAUAAUGAUUCAGAUGAGGAUCUGAUUGUGUAACUAUGCCUGAAACAAGAUCACUUUGGGGAAGAAAUGUGAUCUACAUGCCUACGUGAACAUACGCCAGCUGGAACCUGUUUGGUUGUGUGGCGUUAAUUGACUGUUUCCUUGUUUGUAUUGGCUUUCUGAUGUUCUCUGGUUACCAGUGGAAGUAUAAGAGAGGACAGCUCAAUCAAAGACAUUUAUUUACUGUAUUACAAAGGUAGUGUUAAUGCCUUACUUUUGAAGUAAAAUAUUUUUCUCUUCCAGUAUGCAUCUCAGGGUAUAUUGUGUGAAGGAGUCAUUUGUGGAUUACAGCUUCACACUGUACUCUCAUGACAUGUUUGUACUCUGAGAAAUUCACAAUGUAAAAUGGAGUGAUCAAAAGCAUCUCGAAACAUAAAGAAAUAAUUGCACUGCUAUAAAAAUCAAGUGGAGAACUGUUAGUGUUGUUGUAACAGGAGUCUGUUGUUACACAUUGAGAUUCUUGGUAUGAAGCUUGCCUGAUCAGAAUAGGGACCCCAGUUUAUCUUGGGAAGCAUUCUCACCUUAAAAAUUCAGACAUCCCAGAAUUGUGGUCGAUGGAGCCUUCUGCCCCCCCCCCCCCCCCCAACGACACAUCACCGGCCAUUCCACCAUAGGAUGAGGGUCACAGUUGGUCACUAACUGUAUAAUGUCGUACUAGAAACUGGAGUCCCUACAUAUUAGGAAGUAAGGUUUUAUAAACAAACUAUUCAAUG